CUGGACUUUGUUAAAACGUGCCAGUGCUCAUCUUAGUACACGUUUACCUGACUAAUUAAUACGCAUCCGCAUUUAACGUAGUAUUUCCUUCAACAAAAUGGAAGCGCAAGCCCCGCCUCCUUAUGGUCCACCAAGCUACCCACAAGGCCAGACACAACAGACGAUAGUUGUAGCACAACCAACGGUAUUGGUGUCCCCACAGUACGGCGACUCUCCGGUAAGGAUACAGUGUCCGGCAUGUAAAGCAGAUGUGAUGACUUCAACUUCUUGUGAACCUGGGAUGCUGGCGUGGAUUAUUUGUUUAGUUUUGUUUUUCACUGGGUUCUGGUUAUGCUGUAUCAUCCCCCUCUGUAUUGAUUCCUGUAAAGAUGUAACACACACGUGCCCUAACUGUAGACAUGUUGUGGGGAAGUUUAGCCGAAUGUGAUAGCACGUGCCCUAACUGUAGACAUGUUUUAGGGAAGUUUAGCCGAAUGUGAUAACACGUGCUCUAACUGUAGACAUGUUGCUGGAAAGUUUAGCCUAACAGUUGAGACUGAAACUUAUCUAUAGCGAUCCAAUCCUCUUUUAUAUAUUUUAUGGAUGUACUUAGGUGAAAUUACAAAAAAACUAAAAUUUAGAAUUGAUACUAUAAGUUGGAAUAGCAUUAGUUGAGGAACAAAUUAAGCAGAUAUGCUAACAUUUUUGUAAAUAACCUUUUAUAUGCUAUUGCAGUCUUUCAUGAAAAAAAAUGGAUGUUAUGGGGCAAACUAUUUUACCCUGUAUUGAAGGGGGAAACUAAGAGGUCAGAACAUAUGACACAAAUACCGUAAACCUUACCCAAGUGCAUCCUUAAAGCAUCGAACAAUCAUCUUCAUUGUGGGGAGGGGGUAGGCAUUAUAUAAAAGGCAUGAAAUUUAUUGGGUUUCAACAACACAUUAUUGGUCAUGUAUGCUAUUAAAAAACACAAUUUGCGUUUGAAUAAAGUCUAUUUUUUGUCUUAAGAAAAUAUAACACUCCUCUUCUUUUCUCAUAAAGUGUCUACAUGUCUUCAUUGUAAGCUGUAGGGAAUAAAUUGAUAAUAAUUGCUUACUAUGUGAAAUACCUGCAUUGCUGUAAUAAUUAUUCAUACUUUCAUGCCGUAUAUUUUAACAACUUGAUUAAUAUCCCUUUGCACAAAUGACCCAACUACUUUAUAAAUCGGUCAUAUACAAUGUAUAUUUUUCAUAUUUUGUAGUUUUAAUAUAAAGAAUUAUAUAUCAUGUCGUGUACAAUAGUGUAGUAUACCAACAUCAACAAACUGAAAUGUGUAUCAGUAUGUUUUUAAUUUGUUGAAAUACGAUAUUAUAGAGUAUAAUUGCAUACUUAUGUUCAAAUUCAUUGUAUUUCAUCUUUAACAUAC